AUGGCUCCCGGGAGAGCUCCCUCAGAGUUCAUUGAAAGAGAACGAAAAAAGUUACUUGAACUUCUCCAGCUUGAUCCUGAUUCCGUCUUAGAUACCUUAGCCUCUCGCAGGCUGAUUUCUGAGGACGAGUAUGAAAUUCUGGAGAAGAUUUCAGAUCCUCUGAAGAAAACUCGCAAGCUGCUCAUUGUAGUACAGAGAAAGGGAGAGGUGAACUGUCAGCAUUUUCUCCAGUGUUUGUUUAGUACUUUUCCAGAAUUUGCGACCACUUGGAACUUAAAGCACGAAUUUUUAAAACAUGAAAAUGCAGAGCCUAAUCAAUGUUUGAAAGUCCCGAUUAAAAAAAUUCCUGAGAAUCCUGAAGUCACAGUGCCCUUCAGUGAAAAAGAAUAUGCGGAUUUGGAAACGCUUGAGUAUUUCAUGGACAAUAAAACUAGCAAUAUGGAAACUGCUUGGCUGUCAAGGGAAAAGACGAAGGAAUACAGCUCAGCAAAAAUCACAUUGCCACAUCCAGAUGAGAAUAUUAAAUACAAAGUUCCAGCCUUUAUUGAGUAUUUACAGGAUGGAAAGAGGUACGAGGAGCCAGAUGAUUCCUUAUACUUAGGAAAAGAGGAAUAUUUAAAAUCUCUUGGGUACUCUGGAGACUUAGAAACCAUUGUGGAAGGAGAGAAUUAUAACAACCCAGAGAGCGUCAUUUCUGAAGAGCAAGAAGACUCUGCAUAUUCAGAAACCUCAGGGUCUUCUGAUGAAGGACCGAAUGAGAAGUCAGAAAACAAGUCAUUGGAGGAGGAAGAGAAAAAUACAGAAGAGAGAAAGAAAGUAUUUCAAGAUAUUCUGUCACAUUUGACCAUGGACCGAAACCGAAAGCUUCUUCCAGAUAUUGUUAAACAAAUCUCCCUAGAGCGAGGAGGUAGGUGGGCACCUCAGACUCCGGGAGACUUGGUUUGGAAUUUCCUGAUAAAAGUUCAAGCACUGGAUGUGACAGCCAGAGACCCAAGUUUCAGACAGAAGAUUCUGGAUGAGGACAAAGAGGGGGAAAUGCUGAAGGAAGUAGAGAAUUUGGCUAUUCAAGAUCUACAAACCAUUGACCCCCUUGAUGUCCUUUGUGUGUCUCUGCUAUGUUCAGACUGCUCUUUGCAACGUGAAGUCAUGUCGAACAUGUAUCGGUGCAAGUUUGCUCUUCCCCUGCUACUGCCAGAUGCAGAAAAUAACAAAAGCAUCUUUAUGUUAGAUGCCCUGGGAGCCAUUAUGAAGGAGUCUUCAGAAGACUCUGUCAGAGAUUCAGAACAGUUCCUCCUGCUCACAAGGAUGCCUGUCAUCUCUUUUGUGCGCUUAGGAUAUUGUAGCUUCUCCAAGUCCAGAAUCCUCAACGCACUACUCAGCCCCACAGAACUGAAGCCACCUAAAGUCUUUCUCCAUCGGGAUUUGCCUUCUGUGAUGCUUCCCCGGAGAAUCUCUGAUGGACUGGUUGAGGUAGUGUGGUGUAUUCCUGGAAGGGAUCCUCUAAAGGAAAACCCUAGUUUUUUCCCACGUCCUGUUGCAAUAGCCAACCUUCGUGGAGAUCUGAACAGUUGGGGGACACAGUUUGGUUUCUUGAUGGAAGUUUCCUCAGCUGUUUUUAUUUUUGCUGACUGUUUAGGUGAGAAGGAAUGGAACUUACUACUGUUUUUAGAAAAUAGCAUUGAAAGAUGCUACUUUGUCCUGGGUCCCCAGGCCAGGGGGAGUGAAGAUGGCCAGAUUUCCCAGAGGAUUCUGAAGUUGAAGUCAUCACAACUACUAUUUUGGGAGGAAGAAACUGGAGAGGCAGGGAAGAACAUUGAGGGUCUUCAAGCUGCCCUCCAGGAAGUGAUGGCCUCUUCACUCAGAUGUGUAUCCCUGGAAGACAUGGCUUUGUUGGCCAGGGAAUUGGGGAUCCAGGUAGACCGAGAUUUUGACAAUGUUCCAGGGAUUCAAAUUCUUCCUACUGAAAACUUGACUGAAACAGUUCGAACUGAAGGACAACCAAAACUCAGUUCAUUGAAAACAUCAGCUGAAAAACCGGUAAAAGAACCUGAGGUUAGACAAGAGGUCAGCCCAGAUCUUCACAAUUUCCACUCAGUAGACACACCUCAUGACGAUAACGCCUCUCCUUUACCAGCUGUAAUUGGAGGGAACUGGAACAAGUUUUCUUGGAAAGACUCCUGGGUCACCGGAUCCCACUUUUGGUUAGGACAGAAGUCUAAGUGGUUCUGUCCUUCACCAUUUCAGCAUAAAAGGGACCAUAGUCGAGGUGAAAGUUUGGGGACUAAAUGCUCCCAACCACAGAGAUUUAAUUCACAUGAAAGAUUCUUAAAGUUUUUGAGAACUGCUUGGGGCCAUCACAUGAAUGGAAUACCUGGGAAGUCUCCAAGACCCAUUUCUCAGCAUGCCCAGGCCCGGACUGAGAGACCUCAGUCAAGGGAAGCUCUUUGGAGACCUGGGUCAGGGGUCUCCCAGAGAGAACAAUUCCACUCUCUGGGUACCCAGCCAAUAGGAGCAGUUGGGAAGCCACAGUCAAAGCAAGCCAGCACCCAGGGAACACAAAUAAUUAAGGGAACUAGAAAAUCCUUUACAGCAUCAUCCUUUAAUACAUAUCCUCACCUUCAGGAAGAAGCCAUACACAAUCCAGUAACACCUGCCUCUUUGCAAGAAGACAGGCCGAACGCACAGAGUGGGACUUCAGAUAAAGCUGUCCAAAUGGGGUCCCAUCCUAUGUCCAGAGGCAAUGUUGUAACUAGUUCUCAGUUAAAAUCCAGUCACCCUAAACCCUCUCAGGUCAAACACCCCCAGUCUAAUCCCUCCCAACUUCCUCCUCACCCUAAACUCUUUCAAGCAAAAUUAACUCAGCUCCAGUCCUCCCAAACGAAAUGUUCUCCACCCAGAGUCACUCUGUCAAAGUCACUGCAUGGCCCGGCCUCCGAGUCUAAGCCAUCUCAGCCCCUGUCCUUCCCAUCUGUGUCCUCUCAGCCCCAGUCCUUGCAAUCUAGGCCUCAGCCCCAGUCCUCUAAAGCUAAGAUUUCUCAGCCCCAAUCCGCUCAGUCUAAACCCUCUCAGCCCCAGACCUUCCCAUCGAACUCUUCUCAGUCCCCGUCGAAACAAUCUAAGCACUCCCAGCCCCAGUUCUUCCAAUUAAAAUCAUCUCCACCCCAGUCCCUCCAGUCUAAACCUUCUCAGCUCCAGUCUUUGCCGUCUAAAUCAGCUAAGCCCCAACCCUCCCAAUCUAAGCCCUCACAGCCCCAGGGGUUCCAAUUUAACCCUUCUCAACCCCAAUCAUCCCAAUCUAAGCCCUCUCGGCCCCAGUCCUUCCAACCAAAACCCUCUCAGCCCCAGUCCUUCCAACCAAAAACAUCUCAGCCCCAGAGUUUCCAAUUUAACCCUUCUCAACCCCAAUCAUGCCAAUCUAAGCCCUCUCAGCCCCAGUCCUUCCAACCAAAACCCUCUCAGUCCCAGUCCUUCCAGCCAAAACCCUCUCAGCCCCGAACCAUCUCUCAAUCUAAGCCUUCUCAGCUCCAGUUCUUUGCAUUUAAACCGUCCCAGCCCCACCCUUCCCAAUUCAAACCUUCUCAAAUGCAGUACACCCAAUCAACGUCUUCUCGGCCCCAGUCCUCCCAAUCUAAGAUAUCUCAGCUCCACCCCUCCCCAUAUAAACUUUCUCAGGCCUCCCAAUCUAAACCUCAGCACCAGUCCUCCCAAUAUAAGUUUUCUCAUUUCCACUCCCCCCAAUCUAAGCCUUCACACUCCUACUUCUCCCAAUGUAAGCCUUCUCCGCACAAAUCCGCUCAAGCCAAGUCAGCGUGGACCAGUCCUUCACAGGCUAAGGCACACUACCCAAGAGCUGGGCCCAAGAGAAUAGGGAAGCAUUAAAGUACUUGCUUGCCCAUGUUCCUUGCCUGGGCCAUUCUUUUCAUUUAGGAGACUGGAGAGGAGUUGCAGUACUGGAGGAGACCAUAGACAAAAAGAUAGGUAAAAGCUAAUUAGAAAUCAUUAUUAUUAUGAAAGAAUUAUGUCCCUAGCCAAGAGAGAAAGAUGUAAAGGACUGAGAAUAGAAUAAGGCAGCAAAUAAGCGAACUGAAUCUAGUCAUGAGUAUUAUGUAAUAUAUAACCUGACUCUAGUCAUAGGACAUUGGUGGACGACACCCCCUGGAAAAGAAUAAGCUUGGGUCGUCAUCCACAAAGUGAGCAUAAAAUAGGACUCACGUUGCCUCAGCAUUGGAAGAAUAUCCUAGAUCAGGUCUCCUUAAGCAUUUUCCAUGUGCAACCCCUUUUUGCUUGAGAAAUUUUUAUGCUACUCUGGGCAAAUAGGUAUAUAGAAUAAAUACAAGUCAUACAUUUGUUGAUAAUCAUAAAUGAAUUUAUUUGAAAAAUGUUUAAGCUUUUCUUGAUCCCCAACAUUUAUUACCCCAUUUGGGGUUUAAGAAACAGGGCCCUAUUUUCAAUAAAUUUUCUUGUAUGUUAGAGCUUCAAUUUGCUCAGCUUGACAAAA